UGUUUCACAAAACAUAUAUUCAUGGUUCAAAACUCCUCAAAUUCUAAGCAAUUCGGGAGUAGUACAAAUUUGCUCAAUUCUGAUCCUCACACUUGUUCUGUUUGUUCUCCCACUCACAACCUCUCGUUUUCACUUCUUGUCGAUCAACUCUCAAACUUGGUAAAAACCCAGGAAAUUUUUGUAUAAAAUACUGAAGAUUUUGCAGUUUUCACUCAUGAAAUCUGCAGCAAUUAAACCCUUUUCAUCCCCAUCUUUUAAUCAAAAGAUUUUUAAUCCCAAAAACAACCCAUAUCAAAGAGCAAUUUCCUUAUUUUCCUCAUCAUUUUUCAGGGCAAAACCAAAACCCCCUAAAAGAGCAAUUUGUGUAUCAUGUAAACUUCCAAUCAAUGAACCUUUAAAUCCCUUUUCAUUAUUGGUUCCAGUUUUGCAAAGUGUAAAGAAUUUCACCGCGAAAACAGCAAAAUUUAAUUGGGGUUCUUUCUUAAAAGACCCAGUAGUAAUUGAUGAAAUUACCGGUGGAGCUAACACAAAGUCACAAUUUUUGCACAAUGGGGGUGUUGGAAUGGCUCUAUUAACCGUGCAAUCGACGGCUAGGGACCGAUUUAGCCCCAUCGUCGCGACAUUGGCGGCGAACCCGACGUUUAUGAGUGGAUUAUUGGCAUGUUUUUUGGCUCAAUCGAUCAAGGUAUUGUUGGAUUUCUGUGUAGAAAGGAGAUGGAAUUUGAGGAUGUUCUGUUCUUCGGGUGGAAUGCCAUCUUCUCACUCGGCUUUGUGCACUGCUAUAACUACUUCAGUGGCACUUUGUCAUGGUGUUGCUGAUGCAUUGUUCCCAAUUUGUUUGGGUUUUAGCCUUAUUGUUAUGUAUGAUGCUACUGGUGUCAGGAGACAUGCUGGCAUGCAAGCUGAGGUUCUGAAUAAGAUCAUCGAGGACUUAUUUCAAGGGCAUCCAAUCAGCGAAAGGAAGCUUAAAGAACUUCUUGGGCACACUCCAUCACAGGUCUUUGCAGGAGCUCUGCUCGGGAUUGCAGUGGCUUGUUUUUGCUGUCAAGGUUGUAUGAUUGCAAUAUAAUUUGCUGCCGUUGCUUCUGAUCAAAAUCCACGUCCUUGGUUUGCUGUUUUCUGGUUGUUAGACGAGUCUGGAUGUAACAUUAUUCAUUACAAAUCGAUCAACUUCCCAAGUACUCGUGCAAGUACCAUUGGAGAUAUGAGGAAGCUGUGGUUACAUUUGACGCUUCCUGAACAUUUGUAAUACUCAGUAGUUUACGUUUUUUUUGAAAGCAGGUCGUCUCAAUUAAACCGUUGAGAUGCUGCUGCUUUUGUAAUUUGAAUACUAAUUGAUCUAGUCAAUGAGCUCAAGUGUUUGUUAUCAAAAUCAUAUAUUCCAGUUCCGUUGAUUUAUUUA